AUGUUCGACGGCAGCUUCAAGUCGACGCGCAAAGUCAACCUCAGCGGCCGCAAGAAGCCCACGACGGGCUACAGCGCGCGCCUGGCGUCGCUCUCAGGCCCCCGAAGCCGCGCGGACGUGGCGGCACCAUCCGCGGGCGUUGCGCCCGGCUCCAAGCAGGAGCUGAUGCUGCAGAACCGCCUGGCCAGGGAAGAACGCCACGCGCUCAAGCGGCGAACGGCCGCGUGCACCGCUAUCCAGGCCCAGUACCGGCGCGUGAGGGCCGCGGAGCAGGCGCGCGCUUCCGUGUUCUCCGCGCUGGAGCAGCAGCUCGCGCAGGUCGUUCUUACGGGGGACUUCCAGAGCCGCGCGCAGCCCACGCCGCGGCUGCAGCUCUUCGUGCGCGAGUUCCUCUUCUCCAGGACGAGCGCAGUGGGCGCAGACAGGAUACGCAAAGUGCAGGACUACCUGGUGUUCAUGCUGCUGGUGAGCAGCCUGAAGGGCAGCGGGCAGGACGGGACCAAUGUGUUGGAGGCCCGGCCGGACGCCGCCUGGGUGUUCCAGGUCACGCGCAUAAGCGAGAUCGCGCUGCGCACGCUCGUGCACGAAGAGCUGAAGACGUCGGCGCAGAACGCCGCAGUGGCCGUGAACCCGUACUUGCUGCUGCUGGUCGCGUUCACGAACGCAGACUCGUUCAAGACUGCGGAGGGCCAGGCGGCGCUGUCUAAUGUGUUGUAUCACCUUGGAGUGACGGUGCAAUACGGCGUCUUUGACGCGUUGAGCGCGUGCAUCGCGCUGCAGGUUAAAGAGGGGAAAUCGCGAGAGAACGAUCGACUCGUGGACGUUUUGCAGCGUUUUGCUUCCAAGAUUUUGCUAUCGCCGCUGUCUGCAAGCUCGUCACUGACGAGUUAUGUUGUGAGUACGGCGCUAUCUACUGAUGGGCUCUCCACUCCAGAACAGACCAGGAAACUAGGACGCUUUUGGGCGUCGCAGGGAGCUGUCGCCGUGGGGAACGUUGUGGACUUAACGUCCUCGUGUUCGUUUGACGAAGCUCUCGUACGGGCCAUCCCGUCGGCUCUUUCAGAGAUGGUGACGUCGUCGUUGGUGCAGUGGGCGUUCGAUGUGAAGCACACCCAGGUAGACCCCAUGGCCCUAGAAGAAGACUACGACAUGGAUGAUGAUGCUGAAGUACCCAUCGUGCCUCCUACGUACCUGUCCGUAGGAAGCGCUGCUUCGGACGAAGAAGUUCGCCGCGGUGCACUGGCUCUGGGCGAUGCCGAGACUAAAGUGCGCGCGCAGUGGAAGAACCUGUGCCACUCGAGUUUCAGCGCUCGGUGCCUUGACGUGCUGCUGCAUACGAGUGACGCACCCGUGGAACCAACCCCGCCCGGUGGAAAUACAGUCUCCCGAUUCUGCCGUGUCCUAACCACUGUACUCCUAUCGACAGGCAGGUCUUACGUGCUCAGCUUGGCUAUAAAGUUCGCGAAUCCACCUCCAACUCUUUUUGCUCUCCUGAGUGCAAUGGCCGUGGAUCAGUUCGCAGGCGGCACUGCCGUCUCUGCUAACAGCUCAAGCUUGAUCAACAGCAUGUGGCAGUGGAUAAAGCCGAGGAUCAAGAGUAUCGCUGCUGAACACUCUGCGGGCUCGCUCGCUAAUGGUCCUCUGAGAUUCACGACGUCGCAGUUACAAGUGCUGCUGGUCUUCAACGUCGUGUACAGCCACAUGCUGCUGGGUCUCGACGACGAGGCAUUCUACGACGGCCAGUGGCCGCUCAGUUUGGCUGAAGUGGAGGCUUUGGUAACGUUUUUGAAGCAGUUUAUCUACGAUUUAUGCUGGACAAUCACCAGCAACAAUACGCUCUCCGUCGACAACAUGGACGAGAACGAGCUGGUGCUGUUCUCGGCAGUUGUCUCCUCUGUCAAGUUGUUCAACCAGCUCUAUGAUCGGGAUUGCCGACGUCAGUUCAUGCCUGGCGGUGCGUGGCUGUGGCCUGCGAUGCCUGUCGUCAAGGAGAUCGUGGACCUUGAGCUGAUGAAGGAGGGCGGCAACCACGACGCGCACGCGAUCUACAUGCUGAUGAACGGGAAGGCGGCGUCCCCGUACGCCCGCGCCGCGCUGAUAUUGGUCACGAUCCCGCAAGUUUUGUCGUUCAACGACCGCGUCCAGCUCUUCCAGAAGUUGCUCGAAGACGGGAAGGCUCAGCUGGGAAACAUCCGUGACGAGUUCUCGCGAGCUCUGCAGGUGCGCGUGAAGCGCGACGAGAUUGUCGUUGACAGCUUUGAUUUCUUCCAGAAAGUGUGCGACACCAUGUCCCCCGCGGCCCUCAAGUCCCGCGUCAAGGUUACGUUCGUUAACGAGCAAGGUCUAGAGGAGGCGGGCAUCGACGGUGGAGGCGUGUUCAAGGAGUACAUGGACAACCUGACGAAGAACGCCUUCUCGCCAGAGUACGGCUUCUUCCUGGCCACGGACGAGCAGCUUCUGUACCCGAAUCCAGGCGCGCGAUACAUCGUGGACACGCGGAAGGAGGCGCUCGACCGCUACCGCUUCCUGGGGCGCUUCGCGGCGUUCUUCCUCAACAAGUUGCUGGGCAAGUUCAACUACAUCGACGACCUGCACUCGCUGGACCCGGAGCUGUACAAGUCGCUCAUGCGCCUCAAGCACUACGACGGCAACGUGGAGGACCUGGCGCUGACCUUCAGCGUGAGCGAGAUGGAGUUCGGCCAAGUGGUGACAAGGAACCUCGUGCCCGAUGGCGCCAACGUCCCCGUCACGAACGAAAACCGGAUCCGGUACAUCCACUUGAUGGCCAACUACAAGCUGAACGUGCUCUCGUCCAUGGAGAGCGCCGCGUUCCUCAAGGGCUUCCGUGACUUGAUCCCGGGCACUUGGAUUCAGAUGUUCGCGCCCGCCGAGCUGCAGAUGCUCAUCGGGGGUACAGCCACCAACAUCGACAUCGACGACUGGGAGCGCCACACGCAGUACGGAGGCGGCUACCACCCGUCACAGCCGAUCAUCCAGUGGUUCUGGGACAUCGUGAGGAACGACUUCAAGCCCGAAGACCGCGCGGCGCUGCUCAAGUUCAUCACGAGCUGCUCUCGCCAGCCGCUGCUGGGCUUCUCGCAGUUGUACCCGCAGAUCUGCAUCCACCAGGUGCGAGUGGAGGACAACGAGCGACUGCCGUCCAGCGCCACGUGCAUGAACCUGCUCAAGCUGCCGGCGUACUCGAACAAGGAGGCCAUGCGGAGGAAGCUGCUCUACGCCAUUAGAUCCAACGCAGGCUUCGACCUCUCCUGA